UUUCCAAGAGGAUGGUUUUGAGGCCCAACCCAAUUUGAGACUCAGUAAUCAGUCUCCAGUGUCCAUGAAGUUUCUACUUACCAAGGCCCAUCCCAAUGGUAAAGACCCAAUAAUUGCAAAAACAAAACCCUAAAAUCCAAAGUCAGUUUAUUUAUUGAGAUAUUUAAACCCCGAGUCCCCUCACAUCCUUUUUUCCUACCAUCUGCUUCUUCUUCGUGUAGCUGCGGUUGGACUUUCCAUUCGGUUGAAGUCAGGAUAUGGGUAAAGUGAAAGGAAAGCACAGGUUAGAUAAGUACUACCAACUAGCCAAGGAACAUGGCUACCGUUCCAGAGCAUCAUGGAAGCUAGUCCAACUCGAUUCCAAAUUCUCUUUCCUAAAUUCAGCCCACGCCGUCCUCGACCUCUGCGCCGCCCCUGGCGGUUGGAUGCAAGUUGCCGUCCAGCGUGUUCCUGUUGGUAGCCUCGUACUGGGUCUCGACCUUGUUCCGAUAGCUCCCAUACGAGGUGCCGUCGCUCUCCAGCAAGACAUAACCAAACCCGAUUGUAAGUCCAAGGUUAAACGAAUCAUGGAAGAGCAUGGAACUAUGGCUUUUGAUGUGGUUUUGCAUGAUGGGUCCCCUAAUGUUGGUGGAGCCUGGGCUCAGGAGGCAAUGAGUCAAAAUGCUUUGGUUAUUGAUUCUGUUAAGCUGGCUACUCAGUUCUUGGCUCCUAAAGGCACCUUUGUUACCAAGGUUUUUAGGUCUCAAGACUACAGUUCUGUUCUCUAUUGUCUCAAACAGUUAUUUGAGAAGGUUGAGGUGGAUAAACCAGCUGCCAGUCGUUCAGCAUCAGCUGAGAUCUAUGUUUUGGGUCUGAGGUAUAAAGCCCCUGCAAAGAUUGAUCCUCGUCUUCUUGAUGUCAAGCAUCUGUUUCAGGGAUCAAUAGAGCCACAGAAGAAGGUGAUUGAUGUACUUAGGGUAUCAAAACAAAAGAGACACCGUGAUGGUUAUGAAGAUGGAGAGACAAUCUCAAAGAAGGUAUCCACAGGUGCUGACUUCAUUUGGUCUGACUCUCCUCUUGAAAUCCUUGGUUCAGUUACUUCCAUAACCUUUGAGGAUCCAGCUUCAUUGCCUAUUAAGGGUCACAGUUCUACCACAGAUGAGGUCAAAGCUCUAUGUGAUGAUUUGCGUGUUUUAGGAAAGCAAGAUUUCAAGUACCUUUUGAAGUGGCGGAUGCAAUUAAGAAAAGCUUUGUCUCCUUCAGAAAAGGCUACUCCUAUCACUGCCACAGAUGUUGAUAAAGGGGAUGAGGAGAAUGAAGAUGAUAAAUUACUCAAUGAAAUGGAGGAGCUCACAUAUGCUAUGGAACGUAAGAAGAAAAGAGAAAAGAAGCUUCUUGCAAAAAGACGAGCGAAGGGUAAGAAAGAUCUUGUGGCAAUUGAUUCCACUGAGUAUGAUGAUGGGAAUAGUGACUUAAGGGGUAGUGAAGAUGAAGAAAACCAAGAGAAAACUGAAGAUGAGCCAUCCAGUGAUAUUGAUUCUGAUGAAGAACGCAGAAGAUAUGAUGAACAAAUUGAAGAGAUUCUUGAUCAUGCUUAUGAACACUAUGUGGCCAAAAAGGACGGAAGCACAAAGCAGAGGAAGCGUGCAAAACAAGCCUAUUCUGACCAAUUGGAGGGUGGUGAUGGUGACAAUAUCAUCCUUUCCGAUUAUGAUUCAGAAAAGGACGAGGCUGAUCCUGAAGCAAAUCCUCUCAUGGUACCAUUAGAUGAUGGAGAAGGACCUACUCCGGAGGAGAUUACAAAAAGGUGGUUUGGUCAGGAUAUUUUUGCUGAAGCUGUAGAUCAGGGAGAUUUGGGGAAUUAUGACAGUGACGAUGAAAUGGAGGUUGAUAACCAAGAGAAAACGCCACCUGUUCCUGAGGCGGCCAAAGUAAAGAAAACGCAGGAUGAAAGAGCUUCUAUCCCAGACAAGACCAAAGAAAAGAUGACAAACAAUGCUGCAGGCCCUGAUUGCACUAAACUUCAGGCGUCAAAGGUAGAGGAUGAUUUUGAGAUUGUCCCUGCUCCAGCUACAGAUUCAAGUGAUGACUCCUCUUCAGAUGACUCAGAGGAUGAAGAUGUUGAUACGAAAGCCGAGAUAUUGGCUUAUGCGAAGAAGAUGCUCAGGAAAAAGCAAAGGGAGCAAAUUCUUGAUGAUGCAUAUAACAAAUAUAUGUUUGAUGACGAGGGUUUACCUCAGUGGUUCUUAGAGGAGGAGAGGAGACACCGCCAACCAAUUAAGCCUGUUACAAAAGAAGAGAUUGCUGCAAUGCGAGCACAAUUCAAAGAGAUCAAUGCACGACCUGCUAAGAAAGUCGCAGAGGCAAAGGCUCGAAAGAAGCGGGUAGCAAUGAAAAAGCUAGAGAAGGUGCGACAGAAAGCAAACAGUAUAUCAGAUCAAACUGACAUCUCUGAUCGGUCAAAGAGGAAGCAAAUUGAACAACUAUACAAGAAGGCUAUGCCCAAAAAGCCCCAAAAGGAAUAUGUGGUUGCAAAGAAGGGCGUACAAGUCAAGGCUGGUAAGGGGAAAGUCCUUGUUGACCGGCGAAUGAAAAAGGAUGCUAGGGCACGUGGAUUGGGUAAACCAGGAAAAGGUGGCUCCAAGAAGGGAAAGAACGGAAAAGUUAGGAAAGGUAAAGGACCUGUCAAGGCUCCAGGGAGGAAGGGAAACAAUGGGAAAAAAGGUGGGCAUGCAUGAUUGAACAAGUGAAGGUUUGUUAGAUACAUUUUUUUUAAUAUCAAAUUGAAGUUUAACAAUAAAUACAUUUUUAAGGCUGUUUAUGUUGUUAUUUGUUUUAAUUUUUAUCCAUUUUAUAUAGUGGUUGUUGAGAGAUAAAAUUAUGAUUUUUUGAGUAUUGAUUCAAGGUAUAAUUGUAACGAAUGAGGAGCUGUAAAUUUCAUACACUGCCGAAAGUUUUGCUUUUAUC